AUGAGUGCAAAAAAUAUUUUUUUGAACACCCGAUUAGCAGCUGCAGGAACAUUUGACAAAAAAUGUGACAAAGUAGUCAGAAGUCAUUCUUUUGGACCAUACAAUUUUAGAAAUAUCACUGGUGACAUACCAAAUCAGCUGUUGUCAAGAAGCAACGAUAUCAGAACAGCAGCAAGUGCGGAAGAACGAACAGUUGGACGAAAUGCUUUUAGCAGCGACAGCCUUGAUGAAAUUCAUGCGACACAAAAUCUUUUCUCGCAUGAAUCUAUCAGGCGAUCAUCUGAAAUGACCACCAAACCGCGUACUUUUAAUCUUGCGAGUAUCACUAAAUCUAAUCAACCAUCAAUGCUACUUUCAAAUCGUUCGGAAAAUUCACAAACUACUGAUGAAGCAGGAAGAAAUUCAUUUUCACCAUCCGCAGAAACAAUCAAUCGAAAUUUGCGUGGUGUUGAAAGUGUUACAGAUAUUGCAAACAUACCAAAGCAAUUCCACGGCAAAAGAUAUUUCACACCAAUUUGGGAUCAUUAUCCGGGCGGUAAUCGAGCUGUCUAUAAUUUAACGGAACAAAUAAGGCAAACAAAGGAGAAAUUACAUGGUGACUUGCAAACUGUGAAUCGUUAUGCAUUUGGAGAACAAAGUCUUGCUGAUAUUCGUGAUAUAAAAAAUCCAUUCUUUGGGAACUAUUACGGUAAAAAUCUAUCUGAAACAUCUGGAAUUGCUCCAUACAGAAUGAAAAACUCAACACAUAUAAGAGCUAUAUCAGAACCAUUUUCUCCAACAGGAACAGUUAGCACUGAAGGUUACACAACACUACCUUAUGCUCACUAUACCAUUUCUGAAAUUGAGGAUAUUAAUGCACAUCCGGAGUUUGUUCGUGAAGAUCAAGUGAUUGGUAAAAAGGCCUUUACUCGUGAGGAAUAUGAAGAAUUGCGUGGAAUUCCAUCAAUCACUGAUAAUGAGCAAACAAAAUCUCCCAUUAUUAAUCGAUACGAAUUACCGGAUGAUGAACAAAAUGAUAUCAAAAAUUUGCCGGAUAUCGUUGAUUCACAGUACACAAUCGGACGUAGUGUACGUUCCACAGAAGAAAUUCAAGAAAUUCAAGCACUUCCGGAUAUUCAUUCAUAUUCUCCUGUAUCAGAUGCUAAACUGUUAACAGCACGCAGUAUCAGCAAUCGUCCUACCAGCGAUAUGACAAGUCCUGGUUUACUAUCCGCAUAUGUUGCGCCCAAUAUGCGCUGUAUGAUUUUUGCAUUAAUCCGUUCUGUUUCCUUUUAA